UUUAUUCCGUCAAAAUAAAUCCAUCUUCCUCUGGCAAAUAUAAAUCACUGUCCUAAAGAACAGAGAAAAAGAAACUAUUCUUUGUGUGUUUAUUCUGUAAGCAACCCUCCUUCUUGCCUGCCAAAUACCAAAGCAGUACCAAAAAAGAAAAAGAAAAAAUGGCUGCAGAGUCAGCUACUGUAAUUCCAAGAGGCCAAGUUGAUUUAUUGGACUUUAUUGAUUUUUCUGGAGUUGAAUGUCUUAACCAAAGCCCAAGCCACUCCCUUUCCAAUGCGAUCAAGCAGGGUUAUAGAGAAGAUGAUGGUUUGAAUCUAGAGAGCGAUGCAGAUGAGCAGUUAUUGAUCUAUGUACCUUUCAAUCAAGUUGUUAAACUGCAUUCUAUUGCCAUCAAAGGACCUGAAGAAGAAGGUCCAAAGACGGUAAAACUUUUCUCAAACAAGGAGCAUAUGGGAUUUAGUAAUGUUAAUGACUACCCUCCAAGUGACACUAUAGUUUUAUCGCCAGAUACUCUCAAGGGAAAACCUGUGGUCUUAAAAUAUGUAAAGUUUCAGAAUGUUCGCAGCUUGACAAUAUUUAUCGAGGAUAAUCAAUCAGAUUCUGAGAUCACGAAAGUUCACAAGAUUGCUUUGUUUGGAACAACGGUGGAAACAACAGACAUGAAAAGCCUGAAGAAGAUUGAGGAUCACUAAUCCCAGAUGUGAGGGGAAAGGAAUGAAGUUGCUCUGAAGUAUUGCUAUUAUCUCUGAACUUUAUUUUUCCAUUGUUUAUCCCAUUGACAAUUCAAGAAUUAUCUGCAAGAAUGCAUCAAAUGUUAUGUUCCGGAAAGGGCCAUGUUGAAUCAACGUUGUGAUACUUGUCUUCUUAAGCUGUUUCUCUCUAGCCUUUUCCUGCUUUAGUAAAGCAGCUCCUUUGAUUCUGGAUA